CAGUCGCUUCCGGACGCUUCCGGUGCUCUCUGCUGGCAGAUAUGGCGGCCCCCAGUCGGUGGGUGCGGACGGCUCUUAGGAUGUGGCGGGCGAGCCAACGAAGCGCGGCUGUGUCCAGAGGUUCCUGCGCGGCUCUUCCCUUCCGCUGCUGCUCCGGACGGGACUCGGCCUUGGACCACUUCCUGGGGGUCACCAAGCCGGGCCAUGAGCCACCCCCGCCGUCUCCCACUGUGGCCCCGCACCAGGAUAAGCAGGCCCUCCUUGCGGCCCUUCCUCCCAACAUGCCGGAGAACUCCCGGAUCCUGCGCGUUGUCAUCCUCGGAGCCCCGAAUGCUGGGAAAUCCACGCUUUCCAACCAGCUGCUGGGCCGCAAGGUUUUCCCGGUCUCCAAGAAGGUUCAUACCACUCGGUGCCAGGCCCUGGGCGUUCUCACGGAGGAGGAGACGCAGCUGGUGCUCCUGGACACCCCUGGCCUCAUCAGCCCUACUAAGCAGAAGAGGCAUAACCUAGAGCAGUCCCUGCUAAAGGAUCCCUGGAAAAGCAUGGAGGUCGCAGACCUGGUUGUGGUUCUGGUGGACGUCUCGGACAAGUGGACCCGAGGCCAGCUUAAUCGCCAGGUUCUCAAGUGCUUGUCUCAGUUCCCCCGAGUCCCCAGCAUCCUGGUUAUGAAUAAGGUGGACUGCCUGAAGCAGAAGGCUGUCCUUCUGGAGCUGACCACGGCCCUCACAGAAGGUGUCGUCAAUGGCAAAUUGCUGCGGGUCAAGUCAACUUUGCCGGAUUCUAAGACCCAGAAAGUCACAGCCAGGCCAGAGCCAGAGUCCCCGGGAGGCCCUGAGAGGGUGGGCUGGCCCCACUUCCAGGAGAUCUUCAUGCUCUCUGCCCUGAAUCAGGAAGACGUGGAGACCUUGAAGCAAUAUCUCCUGGCACAGGCCCAACCAGGGCCCUGGGAGUUCCACAGUGAAGUGCUCACCAGCCAGACACCACAGGAGAUCUGUGCCAACAUAAUUCGGGAAAAGCUGCUGGAGCACCUGCCUCAGGAGGUGCCUUACAGCGUGCAGCAGGAAACAAAGUUGUGGGAAGAGGGUCUCCACGGGGAGCUUGUGAUCCUGCAGAAUUUGAUAGUGUCCAAGGAGUCCCACUUGAGGCUAUUGAUUGGUCAGAGUGGGCAGCUGAUCAGCCUGCUGGCCCAAGAAGCCACUCAGGACCUCAGAAACGUGUUCCUGUGCGAAGUGCAGCUCCGCCUCUCAGUUAAGCUGCAAAGGUGACUGUCCACUAUCCCCCCAAAGGCCUCCUGGGGCUGGUUGGAUUCCUGGAGCCGGCGGUUUAUCAUUGGUGCAACAGUCGUGUUGCUCAGCCCUGAGAGGACUGGUCAGGCAAGAGCCGGAUGCCCUUGUGCCCGGCAGUGAGGGAGAGCUGCUCAGAGCCCGCCCUCCUCUCAGGAGCCCCGGGGCAGCGGGGGCUCCAUUCUCCUACUCCAAGCCUCUGCCCCCAGCUUGGAACAAGUGCCCCCUCUCUAGCCCAAGCAAACCCUGGUGCCCUCAAGAUGCAAGAGAUGGCCACGCCUUGUCACCCAGCCAUCUCCGGUUUGUUGCAAUAAUAAA